UCCUUUAAUCUGUCAUUUAUCCCUUAUCUGUCAUUUCUGACAGGAGUCAGCCAUUGUUAAAGAGUCCCCCCCACAUGUGUUUCGUGAUAAAGAACAUGUCUUGUUAGUCACACUUUAAUAGUUGCUCACAAAUCGUGCAAAGCUAUUUGUGCUUUUUGGGUCAUCAUAUCAAAUGCCGUGUUAAUUCGUUCUAGCGUUGCAUUUUUGCAUUUAGUCCUCAAAUAAUACGUCCGUCCGACACGCGCUUCAAACAAAACUCAACUCAUCAAACAAACAAAAAAAGGUUAACUAUACAAUUGAUGGAUUCAUGUAAAUUUUGUUUUAUGAAUGAAUAAGUCGGCGUCGUGUGUAAUAAAUAUAUUCCUGCGAUUGUUUUUGUGAAAGUUCCUGUGUGUAUUUAAUAGUUUUUUUAUCAUUGUGUGGGCGUCUCUGAGCAACAAUGUCAGUCGAGCACUUUGAAGGUUUACUCAACACGACGAUUAAGAGAUUGGAUAAACUUGUAAUGAAUGGCAGAAAUUCUUAGAUGAAUCUGGACAAAAUAUACCGGAGGAUGCUUCCUGUGAAAUCAUGAGCGCGCUGGGUAAGACAAAUCUCUUACUGAAGAGCAAGUUGCCCCAAUUCAGGCGCCUGGUGGACGAUCUCCGUCGUGGUCAAUCAGGAGAGCGCCCCAUCAAAGCAGGAGACCUCCAGGGCUUCUGGGACCUGAUCAGCUUGGAAAUCAGUGAAGUCGAUGAGAGGUUUGAGAAUAUCCAGAAACGUAAAUCAACAAGCUGGGCUCCCUUGGAAACCAAGACUAUAGAGACUCCUCCGAAGAAAGUUGAAAAGCUUAAGAAUGGUGUGGAUAAAACCGAUGCAGCCAAAGGUAAAAAUUUUGAUCACCUUCGGAGUGCAGCCAAGCAAAGGUUGGCUUUGGCUAAGGCCAAGAUGCAGGAGAACAUGAAAAACAACCAGGAGGAGUCGAAGGAGAAUGGACAGAUUCAGUGCAAUGUAUCGUGUACAGCUAAAGAGAGGGAUUUUGAGAGGCUCUCGAUAUGUUGAAUUUGGAUGUUAAGAUUAAUUUGUUGACUUUAGAAUUGUUUAAUAGUAUUCACAGUGUGUGUACAGAUAGAGUAUUUGUGAAUUGCAAGGGAGAAUAUAAUUAUAUUUAUUAUGAUACAUAUUAAUGGUUUGUGCUCAUCAUGCAAGUAAUCAUCAAGCUAAAUCAUCUUAUUUACUUUUAUUAACAAAUCUUUUGUGUGUGUGAUCAAAUAAUUUAACCUAUUCAUUUAUCUAACAACCAUGAAAUUAAUUAAUUAUCAAUAAGUAUUUGAAAACUAAUCGAAUGUAUUAGGCAAUGAUAUAAGUCUAUAAUAUUUAUUUAAGUUUUAAUCAUAAUUAAUUUAAUCAUGAAUAUUUU